CCUUUCCAUGAUGAGGGAGAGUGGGAUCUAGCCAGGUUCUUGGUUGGAAACCUGAAUCAGACUCAGAUUAACAAGUUCUUGAAGUUGAAAUGGGUAGGAGACUCUAAGCACUAUUUGGCAGGUCUGACUCUUCCUUCACAGUUUAACACUUGCUCAAAACCAUCUUUCACCUCAAAAGAUCAACUUCUAGACUGGGUGGACACACUACCAUGCUUUGCAGAGUGGAAAGUUUCAUGCCUAGAGUUUACGGGCUACAAGACAACUCAUCCCAUCCAACUCAUUUGGUGCAAUGCUUUAGAGGUUGUCAAACAACUUUUCAGUGACCCAGUUUUUGCCAAUCAUAUUACCUUUCAACCA